CAAACAUCUCGCAGCUAAUCUAGGCCGCUCCAUGAGCAUAUCGGCCACCCCCACGUGUCGCGCGCCUCGGUAUAAUCAAGUGCUAAGACACCCUGCUGGACACAGUCCUUGGCCCACGUGGCAACCGUGGGAAAGAAAUGCCUCCACGCGCGGCACCAACACACUUCCUCUGCCUCCCACUUGUCACCAGCAUCUCGCGGCCGCAGCUGGCUCGUAGCUUGGGAGCCUUCGGUGCUGAUGUCACAAGCCCAGAAAGCUUUGCCAUCCCAGAGCAGGCCGUGCGGCCCCUUGGGACCCUCCACCUCACUCUCGGGGUGAUGAGCCUCCAAGGCGAUGCCAGGCUGGAGGGUGCCAUCGCGCUUCUAAGGUCCCUGGUGCCGAGCCCGGCAGUCUCUGCCAUUUUGCAGGGGAAUACGCAGCAACAACAGCUGGGCCGUCCAGACGCGUUGCAGGAGCUGCCACAGCAACAUCAACAGGAACAGCACAAGCCAGCACGUUCGUUGAGCAUCACCCUCAGAGGCCUGCACUCUAUCCAGCCGCCAGCCAAGGCAACCGUCUUGUAUGCACCGCCCAUCGACGAUGGCGGCACCCUGCUCCAGCUCUGUCAGCAUUUGAGGUCUGCCUUCCAAGAGGCCGGUUUCAUGGACAAGGAAGACCGGCCACUCCUCCUGCAUGCCACUGUGGUGAACACCAUAUAUGUCAAAGGGGCUGCCAGAUCGGGGCCUGGCCCCAGCCGUGGCAAGAGGAAUGACAAGCUGACCAUAGACGCACGCGAGAUCCUCAACCGCUACGAUGAUUAUUUGUGGAUGCAGGACGUGCCGGUCGAGAAAGUGGCAAUCUGCAGAAUGGGAGCCAAGGAACAGCCGGAUGGAGAGGUUGCCUACGAGGCCGAAGCUGAAGUAGAGCUUCGCUGAUGUACAAUCGACAACAACGGGCAGGUCAUAGUCCUAGGGAUUUACCACCUGCCCAGGACAUAUAAGCUCACAAGAGAUGUUGUUGACUGCUUGCCUAAUAUAGUGGCUUCUGGAGCCAACGCCCCAGACCCCACACAACCACUUCACUGUCAUCCAA